AUGGCCUCUGCACCCCUCACCGCCGACCAGUUCCUCGCGGCUGCCAGCCACCGCCGGAGCGUCUACGGCCUCAAGGGCACCAGCAAGCUGUCCGACGCGCAGGUCCAGCGCAUCAUCGAGCAGGUCCUCUCGUUUGCGCCCUCCUCGUACAACACCCAGCCCGUGCGCAUCACCCUCAUCACCGCCGACAAGCACAAGCAGUUCUGGGACGUCAUCUCCGCGGCCGCCGAGCCCGUCCUCAAGGCCGCCGGCGACCAUGUGUGGAACCACAUGAGCGGGCUGUUUGCCGCCUUCCGCGCCGCCUACGGCUCGAUUGUCUUUUGGGAGUCUGGCAGCUCCGUCCGGGAGGCGGCCGAGAAGCACAAGUCUGCCGCGCACAUGUUUGCCGAGUUCUCCGACCACGCCAACGGCAUGAACCAGAUCAUGGUGUGGACCGCCCUCGAGCUGGAGGGCCUGGGCGCCAACCUGCAGCACUUGAAUGCCAUUCCGGCCGUCGAGGCCGCCAUCAAGGAGUUUUGCGGCGUCCCGGACGACUACAAGCUCAAGGCGCACAUGAACUACGGGGACGAGGCGCAGCCGCACCCGGAGAAGCCGUCCAAGUUGCCGUUUAGCGAGACCUUGAAGGUUCUUUGA